AUGAACAGAGCCCACUAACUUACUUGCUCCUCGCAGUCAGUUCAGUAAUACGACAAGAACGAUAGGGAAAAUAUCACUAGUUGUCGUCACUCCUUGGUCCCCGGUGGUGGCUGGCUGGCUGGUGAUGCCCCUGCUGUAUCGCAAUCGGAAUUUUAUCACUCACUUCCGUCCUGCUUCCUUCGUCUCAACGGAAAAAAUCGUCAUGUCUCAAACCUAACUGUCGUCUUCCGCUGGAAGAAGUAGUGACGACUCGUCGCCUGCUGCUGGAGUGCGUGGAGUGUCGACAUGGUUUCCAGUGGGGGGAGUGACGGCGGUGGUGGCGCGUACUGUCGCCACAGGAGAAAAAGCUUCCUCCUCAUCUGCGCCCUCAGUUUGGUCCUCCUCCUUUAUUCGAACUCUGGGGGGAGGGAGGAAACCGGCAACAGGGUUAUCAUCAAGUCACUCAUCUUCCCAUUCUCGACAGGCAGAUCGGAUGACACCUCUGCGGACGACGCCUCCCUCUUCCUCGUGCACACGGCGGGAUGCAAGUUACGCCACAUGGACCCCUUUUCCUCCGUGGUGGACACCUUCCUCCGAGACGGAGCGAUCCACGCGUGUCACGAACCCCUCGUCACGCUCGUUACGCCCACCACCACGCCCGGUGAAUCACGCCUCGUCGUUAGUGGCGCCUUACUCAAAAAGUGGAAGUACAAGGGGGCCUCUUGCUGCUGGAGGAGGAUCACGCGACGCACCCAAUCUCCAGACAAGUAUGACAACGAUGCCGACUAUGGGGUCGAUAUAGACACGAAGAACUGUGGGAAAAUACCAGGAGGCGGAAAUGGUGUCGUGAUCCCGGGUGACGUCCAAUAUGUCAAGGUUGAAUGCCACAACGAACUGAAAGUUCAAGUUUGGAAGGAUUUCUUCCCACUCGUUCCCUCCCCGAGAAACUUGUCGCCGGGAACGAAAACCAAGGCGAAAUUCUGGGACGAGCAGAAACUAAAGAGUAACCCGAAUAAGAAGACAUCGUCCAUCUUCCCACCAAGCGUUUUGGUUAUUGGAAUUGACUCCAUUUCACGCCUCCACAUGAUUCGGUCGAUGCCAAGGACGAAGGAAUUUCUCACAGCGAACGGUUUCACAGAGAUGAAGGGCUACACGAAGGUGGGGGAUAACACUUUCCCAAAUAUUAUGGCGGCCUUUGCUGGGAUGACGGAGGCGGAAACGAUUGCACGCUGCUGGCCAUCGAGACACACCAAGUUGGACGACUGUCCCUUCCUCUGGAAGAAUUUUUCUAGGAUGAACUAUGUCACUGCGCAUGUCGAGGAUUCUCCGGGCAUUGCGAUAUUUAAUUAUGAUAAGACAGGGUUCGUUUUACCCCCUUCCGACUACUACUUGCGCCCCUUGAUGGUCGCGGAGCAUCAAGCGGGUCGAAAUCGACACCGAUUCGGCGGGGCGAACGACUGUCUGGGCGGUGGCCUCACCCCGACACGCGUCCUCCUCAGGUACAUUCGCUCCUUUGUGCGAGAAGUGGGCGGCGUGACGCCGUUCUUCCUCCUCUCCUGGUUCACCUCCAUGGCGCACGACGACUUCAACGGGCUCAAGCCCUACGACCAAGAUUUCCGCAGCUUCCUUUCCUCCAUUCUCUCCUCGGUCGGAGAGGACACGCUCAUCCUCUUCAUCUCCGACCAUGGCUACCGUUUCGGCGCUUUUCGUGAAACGUUCCUCGGUUUUUAUGAGGAAUCCUUGCCCUUCUUCUUCCUCCGGAUGCCCCCUCGACUCUCGUCCCCCUCCUGGUCAGCCGCCCUCCGCACCAAUGCCGCCCGUCUCACGUCGCCUCACGACCUUUACGCCACACUCGUGCAGCUUAUCGACCUCGUGAACAACAAGAACACGUCGUCCCCAUCCCCUUACGGAACUUCCUUUCUCGCCACCGCGCUGGAAAAUCGGACCUGCGAAAGCUCCGCGAUUCCUGAAAAAUACUGCAUGUGUGGCGUCUCUCCCUCGUUGACGACGUCCUCCCGUCUCUCCGCCGAGUUGGGGGUCUUCAUCGUCACGCAAAUUAAUGCUGACCUCUCCGCCCAAAAUUUGACCUCGCUCUGCUCCCCGGUGAACUACACGACAUUUCUGUACGGUCGUCAAGUCGGGGAGGGCGAGGUUUGGAAUGGGGUUGGAAAACUGGAGCCGUAUCGAGACGUGUUGAUCGCGUUUGAAACGUCGCCAUGGGAGGGGCGCUUCGAGGCCAGGGUGCGGAUCAGGGACAACGCGGCGAUGACCUUGCUCGGCUCGGUGGGACGGAUUAACUCGUACGCGGGCAAGAGCGACUGCAUCACGCAUUACAAGAUGAAGAAUUACUGCACGUGUAAAAACCUGUGGGAGGCGGAGGUGAAAAAGAGAGAAAAGAAGAAGCAGGAGAAGAAGAAGAAAGGGUGAAGUUUACAAAUUUUUGGAAAUUUGUGCAAAAAAUUUUGGACAAAAAUUAAAGAGAUGCUGAGUUCCUGAAAUGAAGAGAUUUUUCUAUACAUGCAACUUUACAAAUCUUGGCGUGAGAAUUAUUUAUGCAAAAGUUUCCAAGUUGUUGUUUUUUUUUUACUUUGUUUUAAGUAAUUGUAAAAGUGCCACAAUAUGAAUACUAACGACGAACAAUGGAUUAGUAUGAUGCCAGAAACAAAAAUGUGAUAUUUUUUAUGCAAUAUAAAUAUUUAUGAAAUUGCAAUUUAUGAACAAUUUAUGCCGAAAUAAAUGUGAUUCUACUUACACCGUGUUUUUUUUAGAUUUUAUGAAUGCUGGUUAUUAUUAAGACUUCUUAUCAAAUUGUUUAAAUGCACAUCAUUACAUUACAUCAAUGAAUACUGAACAAAUGAAUGGUGUGACAAAUAAAUAAAUAAUUUAGGGA